GGGAAUCUUGUACCAAUGAGAUACAGAUACUCCAGCAUCAAGAAAAUGACCAAUUCAUUUACUGAAAAUUUAGGAAGAGGGGGAUUUGGCAGUGUUUAUAAAGGAGAAUUUCCAGACGGCCGUCUUGUAGCAGUGAAGGUCUUGAAUGAAUCAAAUGGAAAUGGGGAAGAUUUCAUGAAUGAGGUCGCCAGUAUUAGCAGAACUUCCCACGUUAAUAUUGUGGCGUUAUUGGGGUUUUGUUUUGAAGGUUCGAAAAGAGCUCUCAUUUAUGAAUUCAUGCCGAAUGGUUCUCUUGAAAAGUUCAUUGACAACAAUGCUUCAUCGUCUCAAGAAUCUGGGUUGGGAUGGGAUAAAUUGUUUGGGAUCAUUCUUGGGAUAGCUCGAGGGCUGGAAUACUUGCACCAAGGCUGUAAUACGGGGAUUCUACAUUUGGACAUCAAGCCUCAGAACAUUCUUCUCGAUAAGGAUAUGAAUCCAAGGAUUUCAGAUUUCGGGCUUGCUAAAUUGUGUCCAAACAGAUCAAGCAUAGUCUCUAUGAUGGGGACAAGAGGUACAAUAGGAUACAUUGCUCCAGAAGUGUUUUCUAGAAACUUCGGAGAUGUCUCUUAUAAGUCGGAUGUGUAUAGUUAUGGGAUGCUGGUUUUGGAUAUGGUUGGGGGAAGGACAACCGUUGAUCGAAGAGAUGUAGAGUGUACUAGUGAAAUAUAUUUCCCCACAUAUCUCUACAAGCAGAUUGAGAUGAAUGCAGAAAGAGAUGGUGAUCUUGGUGGAGCAUUGGACGAAGAAGAUGAAAUCGAACACAUUAAGAGAAAUUUGAUCAUUGUUGGGUUGUGGUGCAUUCAGACAAACCCUAAGGACCGACCGUCGAUGACAAGAGUGGCAGAGAUGUUGGAAGGGAAAGUUGGGUUGUUGGAGGUUCCAUCUAAGCCUUACCUAAAUUCACCCCCUAGAGCAGCACCAACCUAUUCAACUUCUGAAUCCUUAGCUUGA